AUGAUGCCGCGGUUUACAUGUAUCGCCACUUGCCGUGAGCUCGGCGGGUUGGCGAAGCGCUCAUACUUAUCAUCGCUGGCCUACCCUUGGAAUAGGACCUAUUCCACAAUGCCACAACAGCCCCUAUGCCGUUCAUUGACGUCUAGUUAUACGCGCACCGCUGGUCCAAUUGGAAAAUUGACCACACUAUGUAGCUUGCAUAACUUGCGGCGACAAAGUGGGGUUUUCUCCCAUCAGCCGCCCAUCAGCGGCCAUGGUCAUCAUGGCAUCACAGUGAUCGGCAUCCCUGAUCCACUCACGUGGAUCCGGAAUAAAGUCCACAUCUACCUGAUAGAACUCUAUUUUCAAUUGGACAUUAAUGUGGAAUUUGACAAUGGAAUCAAACAGGCACUGGUCCAUGUCUCCACCAUGAUGUCCAAUGGCAACUUUGAGGAGCUGAGAGGUCUGGUUUCAUUUCAGAUAGUGGUCUAUGCGCAGCAGAGGUGCAAGUCUCUCUCAGAAACACAAAGAAGGCAUCUAGCUACCUCAUUGGACGAUAUUAUAUUUAUCGUUUUUGAUUAAAAUGGUAGGAACUUUUGCUUCAUUGUGAUGAGGUUCUGGCAUAUGUCCACUGCUGAUGUUCCUGAGGACCAGGAGAGUACCAAGAUCUUCAAAAUGGCCACCACUGAAGAAGACGGCCCACAGAAGAAGAUAGUGACAGCUGUCUAUGAAUUCCACUGGGAGCUGACCAAGGGAGCUGAACCUGAUUGGACAGUCACUAACAUCUGGCACUGGAAACUGAUAGGGUGAUUGGACAAGACCCAUGAACACCUCUGUCACCAGGAUACAGCAUCAGACCAAGCAUACACAGCAUCGUUGACCUAAUUCAGCUCUGACAACAUUAAACUCAACAAAACAUUAUUAACCAACAGGACUUCAAUCAGCAGGGCCAUUGUACUCAGCCAAGCGCACACAAACUCAACUGAAACAUUACAAGUCAACAGAAGAGUCACCUUGAAUCCUAGCUGCUUUGUAGGGUGGACUGGAUGGAACCAGAGCCCUACACACUGAAAUACAGACCUAUUAUUUAUCCCUAAGUUCUCAGAUCUCAGGUUUGUUGGGAACAAUAGACUUUCUAUGAACCUCAGCAUGAACAAUUCGUUCCUACAAUAUCCCUGCAGUUAUAGA